AUGGUAGGCAACCCUCCUCCUUGGAUUCUUCUUGUAUUUCUUUCUGUUUCAAUCAAUUUCAAUCUUGGCUACUACGAUGAGAACCUUGGCCAGGGCUUCACUUUGUUGGUCAGACGCUCAAAGGGUAUUAUAUGGUUGCCAUUGCAGAGCCUGCGUGGAGGGGGGAAGAAGAAAUUGAACAAAAAGUAUCGGGUGACCCAUCUGAACUGGAUCACCAAGUUGUCAAACAAGAGUAUCGUCUUCAAGAAUCGCACUCUGACCUUCGAGGGAGACGGCUGGGAACUGAUUGACCCGGUCGAGAAAGACAAGAAGGACCUGAUCACUCCAGCCCAAAGCUUGCGAAUGAAGCGAAUGGAAGCCGCGAAGAAGAUGCUGAAGGAUGAAGUUGAUGUCAUGGGCAAUAUCAUGGAUGAUUCGGCUAGUGGGGAUCAGAUGAUCAUCGAUUACAACGAUAUGCUGCAGGCUGCGAAAGAAGUCGAGGGGGAGAUCGAAGAAGACAACCUUGACGACUUGAAGGAUGAGGACUGGAAGUUCCCAAAACAGAAUGAAAAAAUGCCAAAAGCUGUUUUCAAGUCUCGUGAGGGUGCUACAGCUCCUGAUACCGCGUUGUCGGAUCAUACCGUUUUCCCUGACGGCAAUUCGACGAUCCAUGAAGUGUUCUGCCGCCUCAAGCCACAAAAGCUGUUUGUCAAGGCCGGAAGAUACGCAUGGGACAGAGUGAGACCGUCCAACAGAGAACUGAAUCAAGAUAUAGAGUCUCGUAGAGUGAAGGCCCUCUUGGACUGGGAUUAUGAGCCCAUAGAUGAGGAGAUGAAGGACAAAUUUCUCUUCGUGCCACCGAUUGCAACGUAUGUGGAGUUUGACAAAGUCAAGAAGACGGAGAUCGCGGAUCCUCUGUCAGGAAGGGGCGUCGAAAUAAACCCUGGAGUCAAAGAGAUUGACAUGUCGAGGUUCUUGUACGUCAACAAUCGGUUGUUGCUCAAAGGAGCAUCGAACGUGAACGCUUCCAAGUUUCCAGUAAGGCCUUGCAACCCGAACUCUAAGAUGUGCGGACAGUGGAUCUUAGGCCUGAGAUCGAGGGGAUCCUUCGAAGACAUGCUUGUCACCUACUACCACGGGUUUCGCGAUGGAGCAGAUCAAUGCAUCCGCAUCCUUGGCGGGCCGUGGAAGUUUUCAGUCUGCGCGAUUCGAUGCGGAGGAGGUCGCUGUGUGGUCUGUGAAGUCAGCUCCAGAGUUACCUUGAACCGCAAGGUGGCAGCAGACUACAAAUGCCUCCUCACCGCAAGGUACAAGACAGCGCAGAUCCCCAAGAUCCAUUGCGCCGAGGGAGUUGUGCUGAUCCAGAAUUCUUCUGCCAACAUGAACAAGUACGCUGCUGCCUUUGCUGCGUAUCCCAAGUCCCCGUACUGCUUUGAAAACAUGCGAGAGGAGCUGGAGAAUCAGAAGAAGUUGCAACCGGAGGACGAGGAAGAGAACGAGGAGGAAUCGUUCGAUGAGGAUGUAGAGAGUGUGAUGUGGGGCGUCGACAAGGUGGGGAAGGAUGAGGAGGAGCAGGAUAAGAUGACGAUGAAGCAGGAGCCGGACACGCGGGCGAUAGGAACGACUAUGAUCCUCAAGGGGAAUGUUGUCUACGGGGAGCCGUGGGCCAACGAGACGCGACCCGAGCGACUACGGGAAGGACUCAACCGCUACCUUCCUUCCAAGAUGGAAAUGCGAGCUUACGAGUGA